UCGUGCUUUGGAUCCGUCCGUUCCACAUUUCUUGUUGUUGUUGACAUGGCUCAAAGCGUGUCUGUUACAUCGUAAAAUGAAGACAUUUUAGGAUUUAUCUUGAUUAAAUUUGUUAUUUUUGGUAUUACUAUGGACUAGCUUGGAAUCAUGGUUGUGAAUUCAGUGCAUUGGUUUCGUAAGGGACUGCGGUUACACGAUAAUCCGGCUUUACAGGAAGCUCUAAAUGGCGCGGACACUGUGCGAUGUGUUUAUAUUUUGGAUCCGUGGUUUGCUGGUUCCGCCAACGUCGGCAUCAACAGAUGGAGGUUUCUGCUGGAGUCUUUAGAGGACCUGGACAGCAGUUUGAGGAAGCUGGAUUCUAGGCUGUUUGUGGUGCGAGGCCAACCUGCUAACGUGUUUCCCAGUCUCUUUAAGGAGUGGAACGUCACCCGGUUGACCUUUGAGUAUGACUCUGAGCCCUAUGGGAAGGAGAGAGAUGGAGCCAUCAUUAAAAUGGCCCAGGAGUUUGGAGUGGAGACCAUCGUGAGGAAUUCUCACACACUCUACAACUUGGACAGGAUCGUUGAGAUGAACAACGGCAGUCCUCCGCUGACCUUCAAGAGGUUCCAGGCCUUAGUGAACAGGCUAGAGCUGCCUAUGAAACCCCUGCCCACCAUCACACAAGAACAGAUGGGCAGUUGUCGGACGAAGAUCGCUGAUAACCACGACGAACACUACAGUGUCCCCUCUCUGGAAGAGCUUGGAUUCAAGACUCAAGGCCUGGACCCUGCGGUGUGGAAGGGAGGGGAGUCUGAAGCACUAGAGAGACUCAACAAACACUUAGACAGAAAAGCCUGGGUAGCUAGCUUUGAGCGAGCCAGGAUCAACAUGUGUUCGCUGAUCGCCAGUCCCACGGGCCUCAGCCCCUAUCUACGCUUUGGAUGCUUAUCAUGUCGAGUCUUCUACUACAACCUGAGGGAACUCUACAUGAAGUUGCGGAAGAAUUGCAGUCCCCCGCUCUCUUUAUUCGGCCAGCUCCUGUGGAGAGAAUUCUUCUAUGCAGCGGGAACCAACAACCCUAACUUCGACCGGAUGGAGGGCAACCCCAUCUGUGUUCAGAUCCCCUGGGACCAUAACCCUGAGGCCCUGGCCAAGUGGGCAGAGGGGAGCACAGGCUUCCCCUGGAUUGACGCUAUCAUGACCCAGCUGAGGCAGGAGGGCUGGAUCCACCACCUGGCCAGACACGCUGUGGCCUGCUUCCUGACUCGGGGAGACCUGUGGAUAAGCUGGGAGAGUGGCAUGAGGGUGUUUGAGGACCUGCUCCUGGAUGCAGACUGGAGUGUGAACGCAGGCAGCUGGAUGUGGCUAUCCUGCAGUGCCUUCUUCCAGCAGUUCUUCCACUGUUACUGCCCUGUGGGCUUCGGAAGGAGGACAGACCCCAGCGGAGACUACAUCAGGCGCUACAUUCCUAAGUUGAAGGACUAUCCCAACCGAUACAUCUAUGAGCCGUGGAGAGCCCCAGAGUCUGUCCAGAAGGCAGCCAACUGCAUCGUGGGAGUAGACUACCCCAAGCCCAUGAUCAACCACACAGAGGGCAGCAGGCUCAACAUAGAGAGAAUGAAGCAGGUCUACCAGCAACUCUCCCACUACAGAGGCCUCAGUCUCCUGGCAUCUGUGCCCACCAUUCAGGAAGAGGCGGAGCCUCCCCCGACAGACGACUCUCAGGCCAGUAGCAGCACCUGUGAGUCACCCCCACACACUUCGUCUGCCCAGUCCAACACUCUGAAGAGAGGCAGGCCUUCCGAACCACAAAGCACCCAGACGUGCACCCACACAAAACACCAGCACACCAGCACUGCCAAAGGAGACCAGGAGCAGCAACAGGAGCAAUGGGAGGAACAGUCAGAGCAUCAGCCAGUGGAUCUGCAGUGACACACGGAUCUUGCCAUGUGGGAUGGUGUAUGACAGAAGGACAUGGCAGAAGACUUCUGAUGUCCUGCGCUCACCCCUAUCCUUGUGGCAAGACUAGUCACUUACAUAUAUGCAUACAUACAUACACACACACACACACACACACACACACACACACACACACACACACACACACACACACACACACACAGCGUUUUACAAACCAUAACCACUUUAUAAAAUCUAAGAAUAACAGCAACUCCAGAUCAGUGUUAAAAACAGUACCAUACUGGCUAAUAAUGUAUGUGUAUACAGCAAGGUUACAAUGAGUUUGUUAUAAGAAGGUUAGUGCUUACACCUUUCAGCUUUCCUAAUCUAGCAUUUAAAAAAUUCAAAACAUUUACCCCAACAUUUUAUUAGUAAGACUGCAAUAGACCCUCAAAGAUACUAACCUUAGAGUUAAGAACUCACCGGGCAGUCUCAACCUGGGGAAAAUGUUUUAAAUCUCCAAAAACUAAACGCAUAAUAACAAAACACAUGCAUGUAAAUACGCAGGUCAUGUGGUCUAUAAAGAUUUGAUAGGAUUUUUAUGUGCAUUUCAAAGAUGUGGAUAUGUGUUGUGAACAACCUCCAUUCUCAACAUGUUCGUGUCUCUGGUUCCACUGUCCAUAUACAGUGGGGCAAAAAAGUAUUUAGUCAGCCACCAAUUGUGCAAGUUC